AUGGAGAAGAUUGUUGACUACAAACAAAAGGUAGCAGAAGGAACUUUGGUGAUGGAAGGAUCCAAAGAUGUCCUAACUUUGGCUUUGGGCACCCCUGAGCAUUCUGGACAUGUUAGGGGGAUGCCUAAAGGUGCACCCCUACCCAAUUUUUUAAGACACCAAAGCCUAAGAGAAAAAGUCAGCUCGAAGUAUCUACUUCAGAAGAUGGGCAUUAAUAGGCUGGAAGAGCAACUUCGACAAUCUGAUGAGAGGAACCGUCGAACUGAGGAGAAGUUAAAUCAAUUGAUGGAGCAAUUUAGAUCGACACAUAGCAAUAUCGGUGAGUCAUCGCAUGCAUCUGGUUCUUGUGUGGGAAGAGCAGCCUCUAAUGUAUCACCACCACCACCACCACCACUAGCACCAUAUGUUGAACAAGAGGUUGUUCCACCUAAUGUAUCACCACCACCACCACCACCACUAGCACCACAUGUUCAACAAGUGCUUGUUCCACCAAUACUAGCACCACCACCACCACCACAUGUUCAACCAAUGAUUACUCCACCAGAACCACAAGUUCCACCAACUAUGCAUGAGCAUAUUAAAUGCAAGCUUGCUAUCAAAACGAGAGACAACAUAGUUGCAUCGGGAUACAUCCUUAAGACUGAUAGUUCAGAUAUCCAUGGAAAAAAGAUGCCUAAAGAAGUUGCUCGUGUAGUCGUUGAGGUAGCCCACGAUGAGAUGGCUAGGCUACAAUUUCCUAAUUUGAAUGUAGGGAUCACUUUGGUAGGUCAAGCAGUUGGGGUACCAGUAGCAUGGCAUAAACAUCUUAUUAUCGAUGAAAGUGAGCAUGGACAGGUCAUAAGCAGAAGAGAAAGCAAGAAGAUAUUGAGGCAAUGA